UAUUAAUAUUGUCCAAAUUGAGCUAUUAAGUUUUAAAAACUUUAAUACAAGAUUCGUUAUGUCUAUUGAUAACCUGGAAACUACUAGUCAGAUGAAUUAUCCGGAUUCUGAAGAAAAGCAACCAAGCUCUGAAAAGUUAGAAAUACCGACUUCGCCAACAUUGGCAGUUCCAAAUACUAAUUCGACUGUAUCUGAAUCAAAACCGUCGGAAAUUGAAGCAGAGCCUCCACAAUCAAAAUCUCAGCAGGUCACCGUGAUAAACGAUCAACUCUUUGAAGCUCGACCUACGUUUGACGAAAUUUGUAGCAUGCCACCAGAAAUAGACCAAACUGAUUUGGGUAUCGAAGAAGGGGAAGGAAAUAUGCCGAUUAUUGUUUCUGAACCUCCCUUUAAGAAAAAUAGACGAAUUCAGGUACCAUCAAAAGAUAUCACUAGAGGGAUAUCGAGCAUUGAGCCAUCUCCCAAGAAGCUCCCAAAAAAGAAAUUACAUGAUCCUACGCCUCAAAAGAUUGGUGUUCUAGUAGGAAUUCCGUGCCAGCGAAAACUUUCGAGAGAUUUGCGUGAAGACAACAAACAGUUGGACAUGAUGAAGCACCUCUCUUUGGUGUUCCUGUUUUCCCGCCUUAAAAAUCCAUUAAAGUGGAAUGCAACAACUUUUGAGGAAAUCCGUUCUAUAGGGGAUAAUAUCCAUUCUAGCUUGGUUAUGACUAAAUUUUCUGUGAACUACAAUUCAAAAACAUACUAUAUGGCGCUGACGAGUACGGUGGUCAAAGGACGUAUCAAUUCGUCCGAUGCUCCACCGCCAAACUUCAAGAACGCUUUGAUCGAACAGAUCUCUGGAUUUAGCGGUCUCGUGUUGAAGUGCGAGUCGAAAUAUUUGAUUACAUGGAAAGUCGCUGAGGGAUACUAUUUGUACGAUCCGUGUUUGGACGACACCUCGAAGAUGAUGUUUUUCAACAGUCUCAAAAUGAUGAAGCAGUUUAUAAUCGAAACGAAGCAGCUAACCGACCUGUCAAAGUUCUACAUGUCCAAAGUUUCGCUGAGCUCUGUUGAUGACGGGCAUAUCGUUACACUGAAACGAAAGUCGCGGAAAGCAAAGAAAUUUGAGGUCUUGAAUAAGCAAGAAGCUCUGCUAAUGGGAAAUAAGUAUCUGAAAGAAAUCAGCUAUAAAUUAGAAUCUUUUAGAAUAUCACUAAAUGCAGUUGAUUUGGCACAGCAGCUGGAGACUAGAUCAUGGGAUGCGGAUGUUUUGAGUAAACUAUUUGAAGGAGAAUUAACAGAUAAGGCUAUAAACAAACUUGGAGUUUUUCUCUGCGAAGAAGGUACUGAAAAAAGUUUUCUUCUGGAUAAAUCAAGAUUGAUUCGGUUGGAGACGGCUUUCCGCUAUACGGAGCGAGAAGAGUUCGAACGGUUGAUCAACCGUUAUUUGGCAAUUCGUGUUGCUUUAAUUUUGAAAGUCGAGGAAGCUUUUGUCGCCAUUUGGAGCAGCCAAAAUAUAGUUUACUGGUUCUGUCCUUUUCGCUACGACGCCCUGGAGUUAGAUCCCGCCGACCUUGAAGAUAAAGCAUGUUUUCUAUACGCGUUCAGCUCUUUGACUCGCCUGUCUCGCGUCAUGUUUGACUACUUCAUUGAAUUAGGACUUUUACCACGUCAUUCGAUCCGCUUAUUCACCGUUGAUAGUGAACCAUUUGGAAAAAGUCCUCGAAUACCGAUGGUGGACAGUAGCGAUUCGUUGAACCGAAGUGAGUUUGACAUUCGGAUUGCUGAAAAUGUGCGAAGAAGAGUUUUUGUUUCUGAUGAAAACUUACCUGUAAUGACCCUUUCGGAGGCGAAACUGUGUCGCAUUAUGAUGCGGGAGAUUCUACAGGAGGCAGAGAAACGUUCUGACGAGUAAUCUUCAGUUGACCAUGUUGUUAUUUACGAACUGAAAUAAAUUUACUCAGCUGUCUUGAAAAUUUCAAA